UUACAAUUACAAUAUCCAGGAAUUGCAUUUCUUCUUUGUUUCACUUAUCAAUACAAUUUAGCCAUAGAAGAAAUAUUUAAAGAAUCUGCAGAAUUUAAACUUGCUAUGAAACAAUUAAUAAAAAUA